GACCGGAAGUGACGCGAGCGAGUUCCGGUUGGCCGGAGCCCAGCGGCGGGUGUGAGAGUCGGUCGGGAGUCGCUUCCAGGAUCCCGAGAUCCGAGAAGCCGGAGUCAGAGCGGCUCCUCAAGAGUUAUUGAUCUAUGAAAUGGCAGAGAAUGGAAAAAAUUGUGACCAGAGACGUGUAGCAAUGAACAAGGAACAAUAUAAUGGAAACUUCACAGACCCCUCUUCAGUGAAUGAAAAGAAGAGGAGGGAUCGAGAGGAAAGACAGAACAUUGUCCUGUGGAGACAGCCACUCAUUACCUUGCAGUAUUUUUCUCUGGAAACCCUAGUAAUCUUGAAGGAAUGGACCUCAAAAUUAUGGCAUCGUCAAAGCAUUGUGGUGUCUUUUUUACUGCUGCUUGCUGUGCUUACAGCUACGUAUUAUAUUGAAGGAGCACAUCAACAGUAUGUGCAACGGAUAGAGAAACAGUUUCUUUUGUAUGCCUACUGGAUAGGCUUAGGAAUUUUGUCUUCUGUUGGGCUUGGAACAGGGCUGCACACCUUUCUGCUUUAUCUGGGUCCGCAUAUAGCUUCAGUUACAUUAGCUGCUUAUGAGUGCAAUUCAGUUAAUUUCCCUGAACCACCUUAUCCUGAUCAGAUUAUUUGCCCAGAUGAAGAGGGCACUGAAGGAACCAUUUCUUUAUGGAGCAUCAUCUCAAAAGUUAGGAUUGAGGCCUGCAUGUGGGGUAUCGGUACAGCAAUUGGAGAGCUACCUCCAUAUUUCAUGGCCAGGGCAGCUCGCCUCUCAGGUGCUGAACCGGAUGAUGAAGAGUAUCAGGAAUUUGAAGAAAUGCUGGAACAUGCAGAGACUGCGCAAGAUUUCGCCUCCCGGGCUAAACUGGCAGUUCAAAAUCUAGUACAGAAGGUUGGAUUUUUUGGAAUUUUGGCCUGUGCUUCAAUUCCAAAUCCUUUGUUUGAUCUGGCUGGAAUAACAUGUGGACACUUUCUUGUACCUUUUUGGACUUUCUUUGGUGCAACCCUGAUUGGAAAAGCAAUAAUUAAAAUGCAUAUCCAGAAAAUCUUCGUUAUCGUAACAUUCAGCAAACACAUAGUGGAGCAGAUGGUGGCUUUCAUUGGUGCUGUCCCCGGCAUAGGUCCAUCUCUGCAGAAGCCAUUCCAGGAAUACCUGGAGGCCCAGCGGCAGAAGCUUCACCACAGAAGCGAAAUGGGCACACCGCAGGUGAGACUUUUCCCUGGUUUUCUUCUCUUUCCCACCCCCACGGUUUCAGGCUGCAGUUACAUUCACGGCACUCACUGGCAUUUUUAGGCAAAUAGAGUGAGGUUUGUCAGGCUUAAUAGAAGUUUGAAGCUCUGUGUACCCUCUACUGGCAAAUGUCUUUGUCUAAAGCAGAAAAAUGUAACUUCUGUUUUGUACUUCUCCCCAAAACGAGCAUUGGGCUAAUGGAAAAUAAUGGAUAUGUUAUGUAGAAUGAGUUAUUGCCUUGAUCUUCAGUGAUUUAUUUAUAAGUAGCAAGAAUACUUUCCAAGUGGAUUAGAAAGUUAAGAUUUAUAGCAUAACAAAAUAUUGGAUUUAAUGAGUUCAUUUGAAUAUCUAUUUUUGCUCUCUUUUUCUUUUCAUUGAUGGGAAAAUAAUUUUUUUCUUAAAUAUAAACCAAAGCUGUUAACAUAACUGAACUUAAAAACUUUAAGCCUGCCUUUUAUAUAAACAGUUCUGUAGCAAAGAAAGGAAAUGACUAGGAGAGGAUGAGUAAGCAAUAACCUGAAAUGGGGAACUUGAAGGAAGCAUAGGGUUAUUUUUGUUGUUUUUUUUUAAUGGCCUUACAACGCUUUAUGUGGCCCUUUGCUGCCCUCAGUUGACCAAACAUAACUCCAGAAAUAGAUAACAUUUAUGUUUUAAAAGCUGCUCCUAAUAUUGGAACAAGAAUAUAUAUAAAACUAUCUUGACACUACUCUACAGGUAUCCCCAUGGUGACUUCAGAUAGUAGAAUUUAAUCAAAUACUUGAUGUAGUGAAAGACAAGCAAUGACCUCACACCCCAUUCUAAACUAUAUUCAACAUUGCCUUUAACAAACUGAAACCUUUAAUAACUGGGGGUAAGAAGGCCUGAAUGUAGAUUUCAGGGUAGCUGAAGAGAUAAGACUUUUUCAUUGUUCAUUAGGUUAUAAGCGCCAAGUUCUCAUUACUUUCAUUAAAACAUGGUGGAUGACUCCCUGUUUACUACCAGACUAAUGAAGCAUCUCUCGUGGGUUGUUCUGCCUUUCUUC